AUGAAUUAACAAUUUCAUGGCAGUGUGUCCAGCCAGGUCCUCUGACCUAAAUGCUUGUGCUGAUGUGAAGACUUCCUAUAGUAAAAGCCUACUAUCAGUACCAGAAGUUUCUCACUUGAGAAAUGAGGACAUUGCUGCAAUGGCAGAGCUCCCCUUUCUUAAGGCUGACAUCAGAGAGAUAUUUGAAAUUCCAUUAAAAAGCCAUUUCAAACGCCAAAAGAGGAAGGAGUGCUUUCGGAGGAGGAACCAGCUCUGGAGAAGAAAGGUCUGGCAUCAUAGGCCAAUGCUCCUGAAGGAGCACAAACCACCAAGCAGCAAAUACCCCAAGACGCCUCAGAACCAACGCCAAGCUGAGACAGAUUCAAAGGCAGCUGUCUGCAUGCAGCCACAGCAACAACAGCAGGGGCAAGGAGGCAUGGCCCCGCAGGUGACUGUACAAGUGCAGGGACUGGAGUUCCCACAGGUGACUGUGAAUGUGCAGCCACAGAUGCAGCUGCUGAGCCAAAGAUGGGAAGUGCCACAAGUGACUGUGCAAUUGCAACAAUGGCAACAAGGCCAGGGUGCAGUGACUGUACAGGUGCAGCCACAGCGGCAGGGUCAAGGUAGGGUGGGUUUCCAGGUGACUGUCCAGGUACAGCCACAGAUAGGCCAUGACCAAGAAAGGCCACAGGUGAUACCAUCUCAGGCUGAGGGCCAAGGUGAGGGAAAGUCCCAGGCCACAGAGCAGGAGCAGCAAGAGAACCAAGAUGAGAGGGAGUCUAUUGUGACUGAGGUGAAGCAAGAGGAAGAUGACUCGGACAGAACAGAAGUAAUGACAUUUCAAGGGCCAGAGAAGAAGGCACAAGACCAGAGCCAGGAGGAAGAAGGGUCAAAGGCAGUGGUUCCCCAGAGGCUGGCCCAAGAAGUGGAAGGGGGAGAGACUAUAGGACCAAAGGUAAUGGACCAGGUGCAGGAACAGCAGCAGGAAGAGGACAAAGGGCAAGAUAAACCACCCAUAUCUAACAAACUGCCACGGGAGAUGCCAAAUUACUUUGUCUCUAUUCCAGUAACAAAUGACCAGAUUUUAGACAAAAUUGAAGAUGUACAGGAACUCAUAUUUACUAAAGAACCUGCCUUGUUGAGAGCUUUAAUUCCUGUUCAGACUAUGCAUCUUACCAUCAUUGUUGCUCAUCUGAGAACAGAGGAAGAAGUAAAAAAGGCUGUCUUGGCACUGAAACAGAGCAAAGCUAAAAUAGAAGCCAUCUUACAGGGUAAACUCCUUAACAUGACCUUUCAUGGAAUUGGGCAAUUCAACAACCAAGUGGUAUAUGUAAAAAUGUCAGAGGAUGAACAACAAAUGUUAAGUAAAAUUGCAGAAAUUGUGGAAGAGUGUUUUGGUGAAAUGAAUCUGAAUAUUUCUGGGAGCAAAGACUUCAAGCCACACCUUACUUUUCUGAAGCUUUCCAAAGCACCUGCACUAAGAAGGAAGGGCUUCAGAAAAAUAAAUUCGGAUCUAUAUAAGGAAUAUGAAGAUAGCUUUUUUGGCACAGAAGUCUUCAGUCAAAUUGAUCUUUGUGCUAUGCAUAAGAAGAAACAGGAAUCUGGUUAUUAUCACUGUGAAUGCUCAAUUAAUGUAGGCUCCAGCAAUAUGGAGGAGAAUAAAGAGCAAGAAGUGCAGACAGAAGAUUUGGGGGAGAGAUCCAUUGACAUUCUUCCUAGCAGUGCUGCAGAGGUCAAAACUGGAACAGUUACUGCAGGCUAUAAAUCUGCAGCAUGUGUAACAGAAGUUGAUGACAAACAAUCUGAAAAUCUUGCUGAAGCUCCAGUCACAAGUGAGGAGAAGAAAAUCAAUGAGCUAGAUGUACAGCCUGAAGCUAAAGAUGAGACGUUCCUUGCAGAGAGAGAAUUCAGCUCUAAGUCAAUGCCUGAUCACUUGCCAGUAGAUCCUGAUGCAUUACAAGGUAAGGAUGAGAGACAAGGAGAAACAAAACUUACAGAUGGUAAUUUGCAAUGA